GUGGAGAGGCGUGGCCAAACAGUCGUUUACGAUGCACAGCAGAAGAACAACAGUGUCCGUGUCGUCGCUCUCGGUAGUGGUGCUGGUCGCAGCAGUGACCAUGGCCGGGGUCGCGGUAGCCGACCGCCCGGUCGACGGUCUGCUGGACAGGGUGCUGGACAGGUGUUCGCUGGGACCGGGAGCCGUGGGCUGUCUGAAGGGCAACGUUCUGGAGUUCCUGCAAGGACGCGCCGUGAAGACCGAAGGCGACGUGGACUCGGAACUAGUGCGAGCGGCCGGCGAGUACAUCGAACGCCGCGUCAACGAACCGACCGCCGUGCCCACAGGCCGAGCCAUGGACAACGAAGGAGGAUCCGCUCCUGCCGCCGCCUCAGCGUCAGCGUCGGUCGCCGCCGGGACGACUACCACCACAGCUAGAGCUGACAUGGAAAUGGGCAUGAUGCAAGACAAAAUGCUGAUGCCGCUCAUGAUGAUGAUGAAGAUGAAGCUCAAGAUGCUCAUGCCCAUAAUGAUGGCCAUCGUCAGCAUGAAGGCCACCAAGGCGCUGGUCCUCAGCAAGGUGGCCAUCAUGCUGGUGCUCGGGUUCCUCAUCAAGGAGUUCCUGAAGAAGUCCGGCGGCAUUCCCGGGAUCCCGAUUCACCUUCCCGGAUUCCCUGGACCCGCCGAACCGUCGUCCACGUCCGCCCCACCCCCGAUGUACGGACCACCGCAGUCUUCCAGCUACGAGUCGUCCAGCUCGUGGGAACCGACGGGAUACUCUAGCCAUUCCUCCGAUUCCGCUCAUUCGAUGGCCUACAACAGUUACCAGCCGUCGUCUUCGUCCGGUUCGUCGGCCAGCCUGUCGUCCACCAAAUACUGAAAAUUGGUCUUAGAUUUUUACUCUAGGUACCUUUACUAAAUUAUUGUUUCGAUUUAUUAUUAUUAUUAUUUAUUACUCAGGUAUAGAGCUCAAUUAAUUUAUUUAUUUCAUGAAAAUUGUUUAAAAACAAAACAAAUAUAUCAUAUUUUCGUCGUGAA